AGUUGUACACCAUGAAUAAUAGUGACCAAUAUUACAAGAUUUUCACCAUCUUCAUCAGCCUUCUUUGCAUGGGGUUUACUCAAUUAAUUGCAGAAGCUUCUGUCGUUUCUACUGGAGAUUUCAAUAAGGAUUUCUUUGUAACAUGGUCUCCUAACCAUGUCAACACCUCAGCUGAUGGCCACCAAAGAAGCUUGAAACUCGACCAAGAAUCUGGAGCUGGUUUUGCUUCAAAUCAGAUGUUUUUGUUUGGACAAGUUGACAUGCAAAUAAAGCUAGUACCAGGCCAUUCAGCAGGCACAGUUGUGGCCUAUUAUUUGACAUCUGAUCAACCAAAUCGUGAUGAGAUAGACUAUGAGUUCCUUGGCAAUGUGGAUGGCAAACCAUAUAUUCUUCAGACAAAUAUUUUUGCAGAUGGCUAUGACAACCGUGAAGAAAGGAUUAAUCUCUGGUUUGAUCCCACCAAAGAUUUCCAUACCUAUUCUAUAUUAUGGAACCUUCACCAAAUUUUGUUCAUGGUGGAUUGGGUCCCCAUAAGAGUGUACAAAAACCAUGCAGACAAAGGUGUAGGGUUUCCAAGGUGGCAGCCAAUGGGGAUCAAAGUCAGCCUAUGGAACGGUGACAGCUGGGCCACUCGAGGUGGCAAGGAGAAAAUUGAUUGGUCAAAAGGUCCAUUCAUUGCCUCGUUUAGGAAUCAUAAGAUAGAUGCGUGUGUAUGGAAUGGGAAUGCAAGGUUUUGCAGGGCAGAAAGUUCUACUAAUUGGUGGCACAAAGACAAGUUCAGCUCACUAACAUCCACACAAAGAAGGCUUUUCAAAUGGGUUAGGAAGUAUCACAUGAUUUAUGAUUAUUGCCAAGAUAAUCAACGGUUCCAAAAUAAUCUUCCCAAGGAGUGUUCUCUACCAAAGUACUAAUUGAUAAAAAAGUAGUUGAUUUUUUAAAAACAUUAUUAUUAUUCGAAUUUCUAAAUAUAUAUGUGAGAUUGUUUUAUUAUUAUAUGAUAUAAAGCGGAAUCAUAGAGGUCAUUGGAUCAAAGCAUUAAUUGUCACU